AUGGGUUCCAUGUUCCGCAGUGAAGAGAUUUGCCUGGCCCAACUUUUCUUGCAGUCAGCGUCAGCCUACGCUUGUGUCAGUGAACUGGGUGAGCGGGGACUCGUGGAGUUCCGCGAUUUGAACCCUCAUGUCAGCGCCUUCCAGCGACGUUUUGUGGGGGAGGUGCGACGGUGUGAAGACAUGGAGAAAGCCUUCACUUACCUGGCACAGCAGGUGCAGAAGGCAGGACUGACGUUGAGACCCCCUGAGGAGAGUCUGCCAGCCCCACUGCCCCGCGAUGCCCUGCAAAUCCAGGAGCAGUCAGAGACUCUUGUGCAGGAGUUGAGGGAAGUGAGCCGCAACCGCGAUGCACUGGUUGACCGGCUGCAGCAGCUGCGGGAACACGCUCAGGUGCUGCAGGAAGGGCAACACUUCACUGGUCAACUGCAGGUACAGUUAGGUUCACCAACUCACCCCCGUACCUUCUCUGACCGGGAUCCUCUGCUUGAUCCAUCCAUGGCACAGCGACUUGACCUCAGAAUAAACUUUGUGGCAGGUGUGAUCAACCCACUGCGAGUGAAUUCCUUUGAAAGACUGCUGUGGCGCGCAUGCCGUGGCUACCUGGUUGCCAACUUCACAGAGAUACCCGAGCCCAUGGAAGACCCAGUCACGGGUGAGAGAGUCACGUGGGUCAUCUUCCUCAUCUCCUACUGGGGUGAGCAGAUUGGACAGAAGAUCCGCAAGAUCGCUGCCUGCUUUCACUGCCACAUGUAUCCAUAUCCUGAAGAGGAGGCUGAGCGCUUGGAGACGUUGUGUAGGCUUCGCACCCAGAUCGAAGAUCUCACCUUGGUAUUAGGCCAGACAGAACAAUUUCUGGGCCAGGUGCUUGAAAAGGUGCUGUUGAACUUGCCUGCUUGGCGUGUGCGAAUACAGAAGAUGAAGGCCAUCUAUUUCAUCCUGAACCAGUUCAGCUUUAACAUCACGGACAAGUGCCUCAUUGCUGAAGCUUGGUGUCCCGUCCGCUCUCUACCUGCUGUGCAGCAGGCCCUGCGCGAGGGAUCGCACCAGGCAGGUUCUGGGGUGGAAUGCUUUGUACAUCAGGUCCCAUGCUCGGAGAACCCUCCCACCCUCAUUCACACCAACAAGUUCACUGCUGGCUUCCAGAACAUCGUCAAUGCCUAUGGAGUGGCCAGCUAUCAGGAGGUGAACCCAGCUCCUUAUACCAUCAUCACUUUCCCCUUCCUGUUUGCUGUCAUGUUUGGGGAUGUUGGCCAUGGGCUGCUGAUGUUCCUCUUUGCCCUUUGGAUGGUACUGGGUGAGAACCGCCCUGGCAUGAAGAAGGUGGAAAAUGAGAUCUGGCAGAUGUUUUUUGAAGGCCGCUACCUUAUCCUACUGAUGGGUGCCUUCUCCAUCUACACGGGCUUCAUCUACAAUGAGUGCUUCAGCAAAGCUACCACAAUCUUCCCAUCUGGCUGGAGCGUCGCUGCCAUGGUCAACCACUCAGGGUGGAGUUCGGAUUAUAUAGCUGCACACCCUGUCCUUGCCCUGGACCCCAAUAUUACAGGAGUCUUUAGAGGUCCUUAUCCUUUUGGUAUAGAUCCGAUAUGGAGCUUGGCUGUCAACCAUCUCACCUUCUUGAACUCCUUCAAGAUGAAGAUGUCCGUGAUCCUUGGAAUUGUGCACAUGAGCUUUGGUGUGGUUCUUGGAAUCUUCAACCAUAUCCAUUUCAGGCAAUGGUACAAGCUGCUGCUGGUUUUCCUUCCGGAGAUCAUCUUCCUACUGGUGCUCUUCGGGUACCUUGUGGUCCUGAUCUUUUACAAAUGGCUGGUGUUUGAUGCCUCCAAGUCCCAGAGUGCACCCAGCAUCCUCAUCCACUUCAUUGGCAUGUUCCUUUUCUCAGAGAAUGAAGAAAACAAGCCUCUUUUUCAUUACCAGUCAACAGUGCAGCAUGUGUUGGUGGUGAUAGCCGUGGCCUCUGUACCUGUCUUACUGCUGGGGACACCCUUGUACCUCCGGAAGCAGCAUCAGCAUGGGACCUCUCAUUCCACACAUGCUCCAUCCAGCUCAGAGGAGCGCCAGCCUCUGUUAAACGCAACAGAGCCAAGCAGCUCUGUGAAUGUUGCUGAGGAUGACAUGAAGCAUGCAAAACCCAGAGGUGACUCGAAGAUUGAGUUUUCUGAUGUAUUCAUGCAUCAGACAAUCCACACCAUCGAAUAUUGCCUGGGCUGCAUCUCUAACACUGCUUCCUACCUGCGACUCUGGGCCCUCAGCUUGGCCCAUGCACAGCUCUCAGAGGUCCUGUGGAACAUGGUGAUGAGGAAUGGCCUCCACAGAACGGGCUACCUGUAUGUGGUGUUACUUGUACCUGUCUUCGCAUUCUUCGCUGUGCUGACUGUGGCAAUCCUGCUUGUGAUGGAAGGGCUGUCAGCUUUUCUACAUGCUCUGCGUCUACACUGGGUGGAAUUCCAAAACAAGUUCUACGCAGGUGCAGGCUACCUAUUCAACCCUUUUUCCUUCGCUGUUGACACCUGGGAUUAAGAGAGA